AUGGCAUCUGGAGAUGACAGUCCUAUCUUUGAAGAUGACGAAAGCCCUCCUUACAGCCUAGAAAAAAUGACAGAUCUUGUAGCUGUUUGGGAAGUUGCUUUAAGUGAUGGAGUUCAUAAAAUUGAAUUUGAACAUGGGACUACAUCAGGCAAGCGAGUGGUGUAUGUAGAUGGGAAGGAAGAGAUAAGAAAAGAAUGGAUGUUCAAAUUGGUGGGCAAAGAAACCUUCUGCGUUGGAGCCGCAAAGACCAAAGCAACCAUAAGUAUUGAUCCCGUCCGUGCUUUCGCUUAUGAAUAUACUCUGGAAAUUAAUGGGAAGAGUCUCAAGAAGUAUAUGGAGAACAGAUCAAAAACCACCAGUACUUGGGUAUUACAUUUGGAUAGUGAGGACUUUAGAGUUGUGUUAGAGAAAGACACUAUGGAUGUAUGGUGCAAUGGUAAAAAAAUGGAGACAGCGGGUGAAUUUGUAGAUGAUGGGACCGAAACUCACUUCAAUAUUGGGAAUCAUGACUGUUACAUAAAGGCUGUCAGUAGCGGCAAGCGGAAAGAAGGGAUUAUUCAUAGUCUCAUUGUGGAUAACAGAGAAAUCCCAGAGAUUCUGAAAUGA